AUGUCAUUGAAGAAGGCAAGGAACACGUCACUACCCCAGCACCAGUUCGAGAAUUUACUAUGCCAGAAGAAGAACGAAAUUUCGGCGGAUGCACGGCGUGAAGAAUACGGUAGGUCUGAAAUGUUGGGAACUGACGUCACUGAAAAGGGCCCUAUGAAAGCUUUCGAAGUGACAUUAGUGAAGAAGAAGCGAAAGAAGAUUGAUGGAGGAAGCGCGGUUUACUCUACCGUAGCCGGCUUGCAAUCGACGACUACUGUAAUUCUGACGACCGAAAUCAUUGAGGAUGACGAUUCUGCAGAUGCUACGAUUAUGAAAAAUCAUUUCAAACCAGCUCCACAAAAUGCGCAGAUGGGAGCCGAUGUCGACCAACAGUUCAACAUGAUUCCUAUAGUCAAGCAUUACUAG